CGUAGAUUUUUUUUCUCAAUUAACCUCUGUUUCAAGCUUCUUUGUUCAUCAAACUUCACUUGUUGUUCCAAAGGGUUUUUUUUUGAGUUGUUGAAGAAGAUGAGUGACAAUUUAAUGGACAAAGUUAGCUCCUUUAGUGAGCGUCUCAAGAUUGGUGGUUCUGAGGUGAGCAAGAAAGUGACUGCUGGUGUGAGCUCUAUGAGUUUCAAAGUGAAGGAACUUUUCCAAGGUCCUAACCCAACUGAUAAACUAGUCGAGGAUGCUACUUCUGAGAAUCUAGAGCAACCUGAUUGGGCUAUGAACUUGGAAAUAUGCGAUAUGAUCAACCAGGAGAAGAUCAGUAGCAUUGAUUUGAUCCGCGGGAUAAAGAAGAGGAUUAUGAUGAAACAGCGGAGGAUUCAGUACCUUGCCUUGGUUUUGCUUGAGACUUGUGUUAAGAAUUGUGAGAAAGCCUUCUCUGAGAUUGCUGCUGAAAGAGUUCUCGAUGAAAUCGUUAAGCUGAUUGAUGAUCCACAAACCGUUGUCAAUAAUCGCAAUAAAGCCUUGAUACUGAUUGAAGCUUGGGGGGAAUCAACCAGUGAACUCCGCUACUUACCAGUUUUCGAAGAAACUUACAAGAGCCUAAAAUCAAGAGGUAUCCGCUUCCCUGGACGUGACAACGAGAGCUUAGCGCCUAUUUUCACCCCUCCUAGAUCUUCUUCAAUACCAGAAGUCGACACUGGUCUUGCUCAGCAUGUCAACGAGCAUGCACAUGUGCAGUACAAUGCUCCUCUUGUUCGAACCUUUACUGCGGAAGAUACAAAGGAAGCUUUUGAUGUUGCAAGGAACAGCAUUGAACUUCUGACUACGGUGUUGUCAUCUUCACCCCAUCAGGACGUUUUACAUGAUGACUUGACAACUACACUAGUACAACAAUGUCGCCAAUCCCAAACCACAGUACAAAGAAUCAUAGAGACAUGUGGAGAAGACGAAGCCCUUUUAUUCGAAGCAUUGAAUGUAAAUGACGAGCUAGUGAAAACGCUGUCAAAAUAUGAAGAGUUGAAGAAACCAUCUGCACCAUUAGCUGCACCAGAGCCAGCCAUGAUUCCUGUUGCUACUGAAUCUGAUGACUCUCAUAUUCAUGCAAAAGAAGAAGAAUCACUGGUCAGGAAAUACUCAGGCGGUGCUCAAGGUGGGACUACUCAUGGGAGCGGAAGCAGCAGCGAUGACAUGAUGAUGGAUGAUCUGGAUGAGAUGAUAUUUGGUAAGAAAGGUUUGGGUCAUUCUUCUUCAUCUGAUGCUACUACUGCUUCUGGAAAUGACCCGAAGAAGCAGCAAUCGUCUAAAAACAAUGAUCUCAUUCGCUUCUGAGAUGUGUUUUUCUUUUCUUAGUGAGAAAACUCUAGUGGAUUGGUGUUUAGUCUUUGGGAAUAUGCAUCAACAGUUUUUAAUGUAUGUAAAUAAACUAAAAUUUAGCAG